GCAAGAGGCUGGCUGGUGGCAAGGGGCAAAGGCUUCAGAGAGAAAGAAAGGGGAAGAGAUUAAAAACACCAACAACAAAAUCAAGUGCAGGAGAGCAGCUGAAGACUGACAGGAAGUGAAUGUUAGAGAGAGGGAGUCAUAAAAGCCAGGAGAGAGAGGCUGAGAUUGAAACUCUGCUGCUGCAGGUGGAGGUCCGUCACCUCUGAACCACUGGAAGAGACACGCUGAGGCUGAGAAUUAAGACUCUGACAGAGACCAAGAGGACAGCCAUGUCUGCAGUCAGACCAGAGAUCCGGCCGUAAAAGACAAGAGGCGGUCGCCCCCCUCCAACAGAUCCCCCACCGGCCCACAACGCAACCCUCACCACAGCGGCUCCACAGACGAACAGGAGAGCCCCGAGAGAGUGGUGCAGAAGGAGAAGCUUCAUGCGGAGCUGAAACAGGUGUUGAGUCAGAAGAGAAGUCACCUGAGAGAGUCGACCUGCCAACUGGCCCAACCAGAGAUGGACUCAGAUCCCACAGAAGAACAGACGAGUGUGGAGGAAGCCUCUAAGAUAGUGGAAAUCGUGGUGGAGACAGAGGCGGAGGCUGGAGCCAGCGGCUACAGUGUGACUGGUGGAGGAGAGCGAGGGAUCUUUGUUAAAGACGUCCUCAAAGACUCUCCAGCUGCCAAACAUCUCAGCCUACAGCAAGGUGACCAGCUGCUUAGUGCCAAAGUCUACUUUGACAAUGUGAGGUAUGAAGAUGCUCUGAAAAUCCUUCAGUGUGCGGAGCCUUAUAAGGUCAGCUUCCAACUGAAGAGGACCAUCCCUGGAGCGGAGGUCAGCAUGCGGCCUCGAGUUCCCAGUGUGGAAGUCAAAGGUCCCAAAGCUAAGAUGGCCAAAAUGAGUGUAAAAGGCACCAAGCCAUUCAAGGCCAAGAAGAAAAGAGGUGGUCGUUUUGGUCUGAAGAGGCUGAAGGAGAAGCGCAGAGAGGAGCUGGUGAUAGAGGGAACACCGCCCCGGCUGGAGAUGAGUGAUGUGGACGUGGAGUUUUCUCUCCCCAAAUUCAAACAGAAGAGGAGUGGGAAGGUUGAAGCAGAGAGAGCUGGAGGAGCAGCGGCCUUGGGGAAGGCCAAGAGGAAGAUCAGGUUUCCCCAUAUGAAAGCAAAAGGAGGAAAAGUGGAAACCACUCAACUUGAGGGACAGGUGACUAUUCCUCCAUCUGAAAUGCCUGGAGCUAAAGUGAAAACAAAAGAAAAAGGACACAAGUUUGGAAUCACCUUCCCUAAGACCAAACACACAAAGUCAGGCUCUGCUUUGGAAACUGGAUCUGUGGAGCUGAAGCUGCCAGGUGUGAACAUCCAGCCACCAUCAGCGGAGUUCAGUUUGUCUGGCAAUAACUCGCCAGAUGUGGAGUUUGCACUCCCUUCCGGAAAAGCUGAGGCAUCUUGGCCCAUUGUGAAGGGAAAGGCAGAAAUAAAAGCUCCUAAAAGCAACAUCAAAGGAGGAGUUGAUGUAGCUGUGGGAAAAUCUGACAUAGACAUUGGCAAAGGAGGCAAAGGAGAUGCAAAGCUCAGAAUGCCAAAGUUGAAACUACCCAAAGUUAGACUCUCACGUCAUUCAGAUGAAAUAGAUGGCGACAUCCAGAUUAAAGCUGAAGGGCGGAAAAUGCCACAUGCUGACGUAACACCUCCAAAAGUAGAAAUAAAAGGAGAUGGGGAGAUUUGUCUCCCCGAAGCAAAUAUAACAAAACCAAAGUUGGAGGGUGAUUUGUCAGGAAAAGCUGCGUCUAUUCAUAUGCCUUCUGUUGAUAUUACUUUACCAAAAGUGAAAGGAAAGACUGCCAUGGACAUUUCAAUGAAGGACCAUGAAGGAGCUGGUAAGACAGCAAUCAAAAUGCCUGCUAUUGACAUCUCAGUGCCUGAUGUUGAUUUGGAAAUGGACACUGGACGACGAAUUCCUGAUGAGGUGGAGGGCACUUUUAAAGGGCCCAAAAUCUCCAUGCCAAAGGUUGAUAUCUCAUUACCAAAGAUGGGAUCGCCUGAUGUGGAUAUUGAAUGCCCAGAAGCUGGAGAGAAAAUCAGCCUACCUUCUGUAGACAUCUCUCUCCCGAGUGUGAACACAGAGGGUGGAGAUGUGGAUAUGGACUAUUAUGUUGGUGGUGAUGGGAAGUUUAAAAUGCCUGAUUUUGACAUAUCUCUCCUAAAAAUGAGAUCACCAGAAGGAGAAGUAAAUAUAAAAGGACAAGAGGCGGAAGGAGGCUUCAAGUUACCAAAAGUAGACUUGACCCUUCCGAAAGGCAAAGCAGGAACAACUAACAUUGAAGGAGGAGGAAAAUUUAAGUUACCAUCAUUUGACAUCUCCCUCCCUAAAAUGAAGACAGGUGAGGUGGAAGUCGACAAUGAAGGUUAUGACGUGAAAGGAGGUAAAUUUGAAAUGACCACACCCGAUGUUUCUCUACCCAAAGGCAAAAUGGAGGGAGAAGCGCAAGCUGGGAAAGGAGGAAAAAUCAAAAUACCUACCUUUGAUGUUUCUUUACCAAAACUUGAACAACCAGAGUGUAACAUGAACAUAGAGGGGCCUGAAUUUGAGGGUGACAGUAAGAUCCAGAUGCCCUCAGUUGAUAUAUCUCUGCCAAAAGUAAAGAUGGAAGAUGACACUGAAAUGGAGGGUCCAUCUGCAAGAGGAGGGAAGUUCAAAAUACCCUCAUUCGAUGUCAGACUACCUAAGAUGGGGACAUCUAGGGCUGUGGUUGACUUGCAAGGAUCUGAGAUUAAAGGAGGGGAAAUUGGGGUGCCAUCAAUAGGCAUUUCUUUACCUGAAGGUAAAUCCAAGGGUGAGGUUGAUAUAGAGGGAAAAGGCGGCAAGUUUAAAAUGCCUUCAUAUAAUGUAGCUCUUCCAAAAAUGAAGUCACCUGAGGGAGAGGUUGUUUUGGAGGGACCUAAAUUAAAAGGUGGAAAGAUCAAGAUGCCUACUGCCGAUAUUUCCAUUCCCCAAGGAAACCUAGAGGGAGAUUUAAACAUUGAUGGUGGUGAAGUAAAAGGAGGUAAAGUCAGCAUGCCCUCUGUAGACAUUUCUCUCCCAAAAAUUGAUCUACCUGAAGGCGAUGUCAACUUAGAAUGCCCUGAACUUCCCAAUGUUGACUUUUCACUUCAAAAGGGAAACUUAGAGGGCAACUUGCAGCUUGAGGGCAGUGGUGGUAGCAUGCCCAAGUUCAAGGUGCCGACUUUUGACAUCUCACUUCCAAAGAUGAAAACGAAGGAGGGAGAGGUUGACAUUGAAGGACCUGAAGUCAAAGGAGGAAAGUUCCAGAUACCUUCUUUUGAUGUGUCACUUCCAAAGAUCAAAUCACAGGGAAGAAUUACUGACAAAGAAGGUCCUGAGUUUAAGGUUAAAUCACCAGAGGCAGAUUUAGACCUAAAGACAACUGAAAUUAAAGGAGGGGAAAUUGACAUGCCUACAAUUGAUAUCUCUCUUCCAAAAGGAAAAGCAGAGGGUAAGAUAGAUUUUGAAGAACCCUCAGGAAAAGGUGGCAGGUUUAAGAUGCCUACAUUUGAUGUAUCCCUACCAAAGGUGAAGAUGCCUGAGGGAAAGAUUGGCCUUGAGGGACCCUCAGUUGACAUCUCUAUACCAAAAGGAAAAGCAGAGGGUGACACUGAAACUAAAAGCAAAGGAGGACAUUUUCAUAUGCCCUCAAUUGACGUUUCUCUCCCUAAAUUAAAAUCAAAGCGAGGUGACAUAAAUAUUGAGGGACCAGAAAUCAAAGGUGGGGAACUGAAAAUGCCGACUAUUGACAUCUCACCCGCCCAAGGAACAUUAGAAGGUAAUAUCAAUGUCGAAGGUAAAGGAAAAGGAGGCAAGUUCAGCCUGCCAUCCCUCUCUGCUGUACAAUUCCCUGAAGGAGAUGUGAAUUUUCAAGGUCCGAAAGUCAAAGGCUGGAAGUUUGAAAUGCCAAAAAUCGACAUCUCACUUCCUGAAGGUAAAGCACAGGGAGACAUUGAUAUUGACAUUCACUCUGGAAAAGAUAGGAAUAUUGACAUACCAUCCUGUGAUAUUGGACUUCCUAAAGGAAAAGUCACAGGUGACAUAAAUGUUGAAGGUCCUGAAAGGAAAGGGGGAAAGUUAAAAAUGCCAAAAUUUGAUAUUUCAUUACCAAAGGUAAAUUUUCCUGAGGGUGACGUCAAAUUAAAAGGGCCCGACAUCAAGGGCAGGAAGAUUGAGAUGCCAGACAUUGAUAUUUCUCUCCCUAAAACAAAAGCUAAGGGACCAGAAAUCAACAUUGAAGGUCCUGAACUUAAGGGAGGAAAAAUCAACAUGCCAGACAUUGACCUUUCACUCCCCAAAGGGAAGGCUGAUGCUGACCUCAGUAUUGAGGGUCCUGAGGUAAAAGGAGGAAAAUUGAAAAUGCCCAAAUUUGACGUUUCACUUCCAAAGAUGAACCUACCAGAGGGCAGUUUGGAAAUGCCGACAGUUGAUAUUUCACUACCAAAAGGAAAAGUAAAGGGAGAUGUUGACAUUGAGGGACUUGGUGGUAAAGGAGGCAAGUUUCACAUGCCCACAGUUGAUAUCUCUCUUUCUAACGUAAAAACAAAGGGAGCUGAUCUUGAUAUAGAAGGACCUGAGCUUAAAGGUGACAUUUCACUUCCAGAAGGAAAACCUAAGGGUGACCUAAAUGUUGAAGGCCCUGAGGUAAAAGGGGGGGGGAUUAAAAUGCCAAAAUUUGAUAUGUCUUUACCAAAAGGGAGUCUCCCAAGGGGUGAUGUCAAAAUAAAAGGCCCAGACAUCAAGGGAGGGAAGAUUGAGAUGCCUGACAUUGAUAUUUCACUUCCUAAAGGGAAAGCAGGUGGAGAAGUUGAAAUUCAAGGACAUGCUGGCAAAGGAGGGAAGUUCCAUAUGCCCUCUAUUGACAUCUCUCUUCCUAAAAUGAAAGCAAAGGGACCAGAGAUAAAUGUUGAAGGCCCUGAAGUUAAAGGUGGAAAGCUAAACAUGCCAUCACUUGACCUUUCUCUGUCCAAAAUAAAAUCUCCUGAUAUAGAUGUCAGCCUUGAAGGUCCUGAUAUUAAAGGAGAAAAGGUCAAUAUCCCGACUGUUGACAUUUCUCUUCCCAAAGGAAAGAUUGAGGGUGACAUAAAUGUUGAAGGGCCUGAGAUGAAAGGGGGGAAAUUCAAGAUGCCAAAAUUUGGUGUUUCUUUACCAAAAGUGAGUCUCCCAAAGUUUGAUGCCAACGUGGAAGGACCAGACAUGAAAGGAAAAAUUGAAAUGCCAACUGUUGAUAUUUCACUUCCAAAAGGAAAGCCAGAUGUGGACGUGUCACUCCCAAAAAUUAAGUCUCCAGAGGUAGAUAUCAGCCUUGAGGGUCCUGAUGUUAAAGGAGGAAAGUUUAAGAUGCCAACUGCUGACAUUUCACUCCCCAAAGGAAAGGUUGAAGGUGACCUUGAUGUUGAGGGCCCUGAUGUGAAGGGGGGUAAGUUUAAAAUGCCAAGAUUUGAUGUGUCUUUACCAAAAGUGAGUCUCCCAGAAGGUGAUGCCAAAAUAAAAGGCCCGCACAUUAAGGGAGGGAAGAUUGAGCUGCCAGACAUUGAUAUUUCUCUCCCCAAAGGAAAAGCAGAAGGAGAAAUUGAAAUUGAAGGACAUGCUGGAAAAGGAGGGAAGUUCCAUAUGCCCUCUAUUGACAUCUCUCUACCUAAAAUAAAAGCGAAGGGACCAGAGAUCAAUAUUGAAGGUCCUGAACUUAAGGGAGGAAAGAUCAACAUGCCAGACAUUGACCUUUCACUCCCCAAAGGAAAGGCUGAUGCUGACCUCAGUAUUGAGGGUCCUGAGGUAAAAGGAAGCAAAUUGAAAAUGCCCAAAUUUGACGUUUCACUUCCAAAGAUAAACCUACCAGAGGGGAGUGUUAAAGUGGAGGGACCUGAGAUGAAAGGAGGAAAGAUGGAAAUUCCGACAGUUGAUAUUUCACCCCCUAAAGGAAAAGUAAAGGGGGAUGUUGACAUUGAGGGACAUGGUGGUAAAGGAGGCAAGUUUCACAUGCCCAAAUUUGAUAUCUUGCUUCCUAAAAUAAAAACAAAGGGAGCUGAUCUUGAUAUAGAAGGACCUGAGCUUAAAGGUGACAUUUCACUUCCAGAAGGAAAACUUAAGGGUGACCUAAAUGUUGAAGGCCCUGAGGUAAAAGGGGGGGGCGUUAAAAUGCCAAAAUUUGAUGUGUCAUUGCCAAAAUUGAAUCUCCCAGAGGGUGAUGUCAAAAUAAAAGGCCCAGACAUCAAGGGAGGGAAGAUUGAGAUGCCUGACAUUGAUAUUUCACUUCCUAAAGGGAAAGCAGGUGGAGAAGUUGAAAUUCAAGGACAUGCUGGCAAAGGAGGGAAGUUCCAUAUGCCCUCUAUUGACAUCUCUCUUCCUAAAAUGAAAGCAAAGGGACCAGAGAUAAAUGUUGAAGGCCCUGAAGUUAAAGGUGGAAAACUAAACAUGCCAUCACUUGACCUUUCUCUGUCCAAAAUAAAAUCUCCUGAUAUAGAUGUCAGCCUUGAAGGUCCUGAUAUUAAAGGAGAAAAGGUCAAUAUCCCGACUGUUGACAUUUCUCUUCCCAAAGGAAAGAUUGAGGGUGACAUAAAUGUUGAAGGGCCUGAGAUGAAAGGGGGGGAAUUCAAGAUGCCAAAAUUUGGUGUUUCUUUACCAAAAGUGAGUCUCCCAAAGUUUGAUGCCAACGUGGAAGGACCAGACAUGAAAGGAAAAAUUGAAAUGCCAACUGUUGAUAUUUCACUUCCAAAAGGAAAGCCAGAUGUGGACGUGUCACUCCCAAAAAUUAAGUCUCCAGAGGUAGAUAUCAGCUUUGAGGGUCCUGAUGUUAAAGGAGGAAAGUUUAAGAUGCCAACUGCUGACAUUUCACUCCCCAAAGGAAAGGUUGAAGGUGACCUUGAUGUUGAGGGCCCUGAUGUGAAGGGGGGUAAGUUUAAAAUGCCAAGAUUUGAUGUGUCUUUACCAAAAGUGAGUCUCCCAGAAGGUGAUGCCAAAAUAAAAGGCCCGCACAUUAAGGGAGGGAAGAUUGAGCUGCCAGACAUUGAUAUUUCUCUACCCAAAGGAAAAGCAGAAGGAGAAAUUGAAAUUGAAGGACAUGCUGGAAAAGGAGGGAAGUUCCAUAUGCCCUCUAUUGACAUCUCUCUACCUAAAAUAAAAGCGAAGGGACCAGAGAUCAACAUUGAAGGUCCUGAACUUAAGGGAGGAAAGAUCAACAUGCCAGACAUUGACCUUUCACUCCCCAAAGGAAAGGCUGAUGCUGACCUCAGUAUUGAGGGUCCUGAGGUAAAAGGAAGCAAAUUGAAAAUGCCCAAAUUUGACGUUUCACUUCCAAAGAUAAACCUACCAGAGGGGAGUGUUAAAGUGGAGGGACCUGAGAUGAAAGGAGGAAAGAUGCCAGCAAUGCCAGCUGUUGACGUAUCAGUUCCAGUGGGAAAAGUGGAGGAAGAUAUCAAUAUUGAAGGACCAUCUGGAAAGGGAAAGUUUGAAGUGCCAAAAGCUGACUUUCAUGGUAAAAAAGGUGGUGGGCUCCACAUGCCAACUAUUGACAUAAAUCUCCCCAAAUUAGAUUUUGACCUCAGCCUGCCCUCUGGUCUGAAAGACAAAAGCCUCCACAUGGACACCAGUGGCCCUGACAUAUCAGGAGAUUUAGAGAUGUCUGGUCUCAAAGGAGAUAUUAAACCAGCCAAGUUGAAAGUUAAGAGUGCAGACAUUGAGACAGGUGGUGUAGAAGGUCCAGGUACAUCUCUCAAACUUCCCUCUGUCAAACUACCAACGGUUGACAUUGCAGCUCCAAAGGUGGAUUUAGACUUUGGCCUAACAAAACCAAAAGGUGAUGAUGUGGAAGUGGAGCUUCUGAAAGCAGAGGGAGGGAGGCCUUCUUCGGGAGGCAGCUUUGAGCUACCUGAUGUCUCCCUCAAACUCGGCAGUUUUACUUUUCCCAGGUUUGGUGGAAAGUCAAAGAGUGGGGAUUUGGAGAUAUCAGGACAAGGCCCCAAGGGAGAUGUUUCCCUCAGCCCACCACAUAUAGAGGGAGAGAUUAGGACACCGUCAGUAGAGUUUGAUGGGAAAGGAAAAGUUAAGGUAAAAAAACCUAAAAUAAAGUUCCCCUCAUUUGGAAUAUCCAAAAAAGAUGCAGAUGCAUCAGUGUCUUGUCCUGAUGUGGAAAAGGGGAAAGUUGACCUUCCUAAGCCAGAAUUGAAUGUUGAAAGCCCAGACGAAAAAUCAAAAUACAAAGUGAAAUUCCCCAAAUUUAAAAUAUCAUCACCAAAAGGUCAAUUGCCAGAAGGAGAAGUUGAUGCCAAACUGGAGGCAGAUGUGGAAGGGAAGGGUGGCUUACAUGCACCUGAUGUAACUAUCAAACUACCCAAAUUCUCCAUGCCAGGAUUUGGCUUGAAAGAAAAAGAUUUAAGUAAACCAAGGGGUAACCUUGAAGCUAAGGCUAAGGUCAAGAUGCCUUCUGUUGAGUUGUCACUACCAGCAGCCAAAACACCAGAAACUGAAGUUCUUCUCCCCAAAGCAGAAGUGGAUGUCUCAGAGGCUGAUAUCAAAGGUUAUGAGGGAAACCUUAAAAUUCCGAAAAUGCCAACAAUUGAUGUUUCCAUUCCCAAAAUAGACUUGGAUGUAUCCCUGCCAAAAGGAAAGUCCCCAAAGAUUGAGGGACCAGAAGUGGAACUAAAAGGAGGUGAAGGAAAAUUCAAAAUGCCUCACAUAAAAAUGCCAUCAAUAGAUGUGUCUCUUCCUAAAGGGAAAUCUGGAGAUCUUGAUGUACCAAACCUUGAAAUAGAUGGGGAUGGAGAUGCCAAAUUUAAGAUGCCUGAUAUCAAAAUGCCCAGUGUUGACAUAACCUUGCCAAAGGCAAAAAGUGGAAAGAUUGAUACUCCACAUCUUGAUGUAGAAGGAAAGGGGGGCAAAUUUAGAAUGCCUGGUAUCAAAAUGCCAAACUUCGACAUAUCUCUGCCCAAAGUAAAAACUGGUAAAUUAGAAGGACCAGUUGUUGAAAUCGAGGGAUCCAAAGGAAAGAUUGAAGGUCCAGAGAUGGAGCUCAAAGGGGAGGGUGGAAUAUUCAAAAUGCCACACCUCAGCAUGCCCUCUGUUGACAUUUCACUUCCAAAAGGAGAGAUUGAAGGUCCGGAGGUUGAAUUGGAGGGAGGUACUGGAGGAAAGUUCAAAAUGCCUCACAUGAAAAUGCCAGAUUUUGACAUCUCUCUGCCCAAAGGCAAGAUUGAAGGUCCAGAUAUUGAAAUGAAGGGCGAUGGAGGAGGAAAAUUCAAAAUGCCUCAUAUGAAAAUGCCAGAUUUCAACAUCUCACUGCCCAAAGGAAAGACUGAAGGUCCAGAUGUGGAGGUUAAAGGGGAAGGUGGGAAAUUCAAGAUGCCACAUCUCAGCAUGCCCUCUGCUGACUUUACACUUCCAAAAGGAAAGAUUGAAGGUCCGGAAGUUGAAUUGGAGGGAGGUACUGGAGGAAAGUUCAAAAUGCCUCACAUGAAAAUGCCAGAUUUUGACAUCUCUCUGUCCAAAGGCAAGAUUGAAGGUCCAGAUGUUGAAAUGAAGGGAGAUGGGGGAGGAAAAUUCAAAAUGCCUCACGUGGAAAUGCCAGAUUUUGACAUCUCUCUGCCCAAAGGCAAGAUUGAAGGACCAGAUGUUGAAAUGAAGGGAGAUGGGCGAGGAAAAUUCAAAAUGCCUCACAUGAAAAUGCCAGAUUUCAACAUCUCACUGCCCAAAGGAAAGAUUGAAGGUCCAGAUGUGGAGGUCAAAGGGGAAAGUGGAAAAUUCAAAAUGCCACACCUCAGUAUGCCCUCUGUUGAUAUUUCACUUCCAAAAGGAAAAAUUGAAGGUCCAGAAGUUGAAUUGGAGGGAGGUAACGGAGGAAAAUUCAAAAUGCCUCAUAUGAAAAUGCCAGAUUUCAACAUCUCACUGCCCAAAGGUAAGAUUGAAGGUCCAGAGGUGGAGGUCAAAGGUGAAGGUGGAAAAUUCAAGAUGCCACAUCUCAACAUGCCCUCUGUUGAUAUUUCACUUCCAAAAGGAAAGAUUGAAGGUCCAGAAGUUGAAUUGGAGGGAGGUACCGGAGGAAAGUUCAAAAUGCCUCACAUGAAAAUGCCAAAUGUUGAUCUGUCUUUGCCAAAAGGCAAGAUUGAAGGACCAGAUAUUGAAAUGAAGGGCGACGGAGGAGGAAAAUUCAAAAUGCCUCAUAUGAAAAUGCCAGAUUUCAACAUCUCACUGCCCAAAGGAAAGACUGAAGGUCCCGAUGUGGAGGUCAAAGGGGAAGGUGGAAAAUUCAAGAUGCCACACCUCAGCAUGCCCUCUGUUGAUAUUUCACUUCCAAAAGGAAAAAUUGAAGGUCCAGAAGUUGAAUUGGAGGGAGGUACCGGAGGAAAGUUCAAAAUGCCUCACAUGAAAAUGCCAGAUUUCAACAUCUCACUGCCCAAAGGUAAGAUUGAAGGUCCAGAGGUGGAGGUCAAAGGUGAAGGUGGAAAAUUCAAGAUGCCACAUCUCAACAUGCCCUCUGUUGAUAUUUCACUUCCAAAAGGAAAGAUUGAAGGUCCAGAAGUUGAAUUGGAGGGAGGUACCGGAGGAAAGUUCAAAAUGCCUCACAUGAAAAUGCCAAAUGUUGAUCUGUCUUUGCCAAAAGGCAAGAUUGAAGGACCAGAUAUUGAAAUGAAGGGCGACGGAGGAGGAAAAUUCAAAAUGCCUCAUAUGAAAAUGCCAGAUUUCAACAUCUCACUGCCCAAAGGAAAGACUGAAGGUCCCGAUGUGGAGGUCAAAGGGGAAGGUGGAAAAUUCAAGAUGCCACACCUCAGCAUGCCCUCUGUUGAUAUUUCACUUCCAAAAGGAAAAAUUGAAGGUCCAGAAGUUGAAUUGGAGGGAGGUACCGGAGGAAAGUUCAAAAUGCCUCACAUGAAAAUGCCAAAUGUUGAUUUGUCUUUGCCCAAAGGCAAGAUUGAAGGUCCAGAUGUUGAAAUGAAGGGAGAUGCAGGAGGAAAAUUCAAAAUGCCUCACGUGAAAAUGCCAGAUUUCGACAUAUCUCUGCCCAAAAGCAAGAUUGAAGGUCCAGAUGUUGAAAUGAAGGGAGAUGGAGGAGGAAAAUUCAAAAUGCCUCACAUGAAAAUGCCAGAUUUCAACAUCUCACUGCCCAAAGGAAAGAUUGAAGGUCCAGAUGUGGAGGUCAAAGGGGAGAGUGGAAAAUUCAAAAUGCCACACCUCAGUAUGCCCUCUGUUGAUAUUUCACUUCCAAAAGGAAAAAUUGAAGGUCCAGAAGUUGAAUUGGAGGGAGGUAACGGAGGAAAGUUCAAAAUGCCUCACAUGAAAAUGCCAAAUGUUGAUCUGUCUUUGCCAAAAGGCAAGAUUGAAGGACCAGAUAUUGAAAUGAAGGGCGACGGAGGAGGAAAAUUCAAAAUGCCUCAUAUGAAAAUGCCAGAUUUCAACAUCUCACUGCCCAAAGGAAAGACUGAAGGUCCCGAUGUGGAGGUCAAAGGGGAAGGUGGAAAAUUCAAGAUGCCACACCUCAGCAUGCCCUCUGUUGACAUUUCACUUCCGAAAGGAAAGAUUGAAGGUCCAGAAGUUGAAAUGGAGGGAGGUACUGGAGGAAAGUUCAAAAUGCCUCACAUGAAAAUGCCAGAUUUUGACAUCUCUCUGCCCAAAGGCAAGAUUGAAGGUCCAGAUGUUGAAUUGGAGGGAGGUACCGGAGGAAAGUUCAAAAUGCCUCACAUGAAAAUGCCAAAUGUUGAUUUGUCUUUGCCCAAAGGCAAGAUUGAAGGUCCAGAUGUUGAAAUGAAGGGAGAUGCAGGAGGAAAAUUCAAAAUGCCUCACGUGAAAAUGCCAGAUUUCGACAUAUCUCUGCCCAAAGGCAAGAUUGAAGGUCCAGAUGUUGAAAUGAAGGGAGAUGGAGGAGGAAAAUUCAAAAUGCCUCACAUGAAAAUGCCAGAUUUCAACAUCUCACUGCCCAAAGGAAAGAUUGAAGGUCCAGAUGUGGAGGUCAAAGGGGAGAGUGGAAAAUUCAAAAUGCCACACCUCAGUAUGCCCUCUGUUGAUAUUUCACUUCCAAAAGGAAAAAUUGAAGGUCCAGAAGUUGAAUUGGAGGGAGGUAACGGAGGAAAGUUCAAAAUGCCUCACAUGAAAAUGCCAAAUGUUGAUCUGUCUUUGCCAAAAGGCAAGAUUGAAGGACCAGAUAUUGAAAUGAAGGGCGACGGAGGAGGAAAAUUCAAAAUGCCUCAUAUGAAAAUGCCAGAUUUCAACAUCUCACUGCCCAAAGGAAAGACUGAAGGUCCCGAUGUGGAAGUCAAAGGGGAAGGUGGAAAAUUCAAGAUGCCACACCUCAGCAUGCCCUCUGUUGACAUUUCACUUCCAAAAGGAAAGAUUGAAGGUCCAGAAGUUGAAAUGGAGGGAGGUACUGGAGGAAAGUUCAAAAUGCCUCACAUGAAAAUGCCAGAUUUUGACAUCUCUCUGCCCAAAGGCAAGAUUGAAGGUCCAGAUGUUGAAAUGAAGGGAGAUGGGGGAGGAAAGUUCAAAAUGCCUCACAUGAAAAUGCCAGAUUUUGACAUCUCUCUGCCCAAAGGCAAGAUUGAAGGUCCAGAUGUUGAAAUGAAGGGAGAUGCAGGAGGAAAAUUCAAAAUGCCUCAUGUGGAAAUGCCAGAUUUUGACAUGUCUCUGCCCAAAGGCAAGAUUGAAGGACCAGAUGUUGAAAUGAAGGGAGAUGGGCGAGGAAAAUUCAAAAUGCCUCACAAGAAAAUGCCAGAUUUCAACAUCUCACUGCCCAAAGGAAAGAUUGAAGGUCCAGAUGUGGAGGUCAAAGGGGAAAGUGGAAAAUUCAAGAUGCCACACCUCAACAUGCCCUCUGUUGAUAUUUCACUUCCAAAAGGAAAGAUUGAAGGUCCAGAAGUUGAGUUGGAGGGAGGUACUGGAGGAAAGUUCAAAAUGCCUCACAUGAAAAUGCCAAAUUUUGACAUCUCUCUGCCCAAAGGCAAGAUUGAAGGUCCAGAUGUUGAAAUGAAGGGAGAUGGGGGAGGAAAAUUCAAAAUGCCUCACGUGGAAAUGCCAGAUUUUGACAUCUCUCUGCCCAAAGGCAAGAUUGAAGGACCAGAUGUUGAAAUGAAGGGAGAUGGGCGAGGAAAAUUCAAAAUGCCUCACAUGAAAAUGCCAGAUUUCAACAUCUCACUGCCCAAAGGAAAGAUUGAAGGUCCAGAUGUGGAGGUCAAAGGAGAAAGUGGAAAAUUCAAAAUGCCACACCUCAGUAUGCCCUCUGUUGAUAUUUCACUUCCAAAAGGAAAGAUUGAAGGUCCAGAAGUUGAAUUGGAGGGAGGUACUGGAGGAAAAUUCAAAAUGCCUCACAUGAAAAUGCCAGAUUUCAACAUCUCAUUGCCCAAAGGAAAGACUGAAGGUCCAGAUGUGGAGGUCAAAGGGGAAGGUGGGAAAUUCAAGAUGCCACACCUCAACAUGCCCUCUGUUGACAUUUCACUUCCAAAAGGAAAGAUUGAAGGUCCGGAAGUUGAAAUGGAGGGAGGUACUGGAAGAAAGUUCAAAAUGCCUCACAUGAAAAUGCCAGAUUUCGACAUCUCUUUGCCCAAAGGCAAGAUUGAAGGUCCAGGUGUUGAAAUGGAGGGAGAUGGAGGAGGAAAAUUCAAAAUGCCUCACAUGAAAAUGCCAGAUUUCGACAUAUCUAUGCCCAAAGGCAAGAUUGAAGGACCAGAUGUUGAAAUGAAGGGAGAUGGAGGAGGAAAAUUCAAAAUGCCUCACAUGAAAAUGCCAGAUGUCAACAUCUCAUUGCCCAAAGGAAAGAUUGAAGUUCCAGAUGUGGAGGUCAAAGGGGAAAGUGGAAAAUUCAAGAUGCCACAUCUCAGCAUGCCCUCUGUUGACAUUUCACUUCCAAAAGGAAAGAUAGAAGGUCCAGAUGUUGAAAUGAAGGGAGAUGGAGGAGGAAAAUUCAAAAUGCCUCACAUGAAAAUGCCAGAUGUCAACAUCUCACUGCCCAAAGGAAAGACUGAAGGUCCAGAUGUGGAGGUCAAAGAAGAAAGUGGAAAAUUCAAAAUGCCACACAUCAGCAUGCCCUCUGUUGAUAUUUCACUUCCGAAAGGGAAGAUUGAAGGUCCAGAAGUUGAAAUGGAGGGAGGUACUGGAGGAAAGUUCAAAAUGCCUCACAUGAAAAUGCCAGAUUUUGAUAUAUCUCUGCCCAAAGGCAAGAUUGAAGGUCCAGAUGUUGAAAUGAAGGGAGAUGGAGGAGGAAAAUUCAAAAUGCCUCAUAUGAAAAUGCCAGAUUUUGAUGUCUCUCUGCCAAAAGGCAAGAUUGAAGGUCCAGAGGUGGAGCUCAAAGGUGAGGGUGGAAAAUUCAAAAUGCCACAUCUCAGCAUGCCCUCUGUUGAUAUUUCACUUCCAAAAGGGAAGAUUGAAGGUCCAGAGGUUAAGAUGGAGGGAGGGACAGGAGGGAAAUUCCAAAUGCCUCAUAUGAAAAUGCCGGAUGUUGGCAUCUCUCUGCCCAAAGGAAAAAUUGGUAAAGUUGACAUAUCUCUUCCUAAAGGAAAACCUUCAAUUGAAGGUCCAGGUAUAGAGAUUAAGAGAGAUGGAGGACAGUUCAAGAUGCCAAAUAUGGAUAUAUCUAUUCCUAAAGGAAAAUCAAGUAUUAACACACCAGAGAAGAGAGUUGAGGCAGAGGGUGGAACCAUCAAGCUGCCACAUAUCAAGAUGCCAAAAGUUGAUAUUUCAUUUCCUAAUGGUAAAAGUAAAGACACCGAAGCACUGGCUGUAGAGAUGGAAGUCCCAGGAGGAGAGAUCAAAGGUCCAGAUGUUCAACUUCCAAAGGGAGCUAUAUCAGUGCCAAAAGGCACAUCAAGCAAAGCACAGAUCAACUUACCAACUAUUGAGGCAGGAGGGAAAAUUGGAGUGCCACAAGUCACAUCACCGGAUCUAGACAUCAGCGUGACACCUAGUAAACCUAAACAAGACACAGAGGCUCAUGCAGACGCAGAUUUGCAUGUUGAAGGAGAGCACAAAGGUCUGAAACUUAAGAUGCCAACAAUAGAUAUUAAGGGUCCAAAAGGAGACUUGGAGCUUGAUAUAGGCCUUCAUAGAGGAGAGGGCAAGAAGGACAGGAAAAAAGUCGAACUACCUGACUUGGAUCUCAGCACAGCAGGAACCAGCAGUAAAGUAAAGGGGCCUAAAGUCAAAGGUACAAAAUUCAAGAUUGGAAUGCCAAAAAAGAAAGCUGGCAAAGAUGCAACAGCAGAAGCAAAAACUUGUAAAAACUGUGGCAGUGUGGAGCUAGGUGGUCAAGUCAAACAUGUAUGCAAAGUUAAAGAAAGAUGUGAGUAUGAAGUUGAAGUUGAAACUCACAAUGAGCAUAAAGAGGACAAAGGUCAUAUUAACAUCUCAGUGCCAGAGGUUACAUUACCAGGUGUUAGUCUGAAAACCAAACAGGAAUCAGUCAACCUAGAAACAGGGGGAGUUAACCUCUCAUCGCCCAGUGCAGAAAUCAAAGUCCCCAGGAUCCCAGACAUAGAGUUUGAUAUUGGUACAUCACGAGAUGAAGGUGAUGACAAAACAGAAAAAGGCAAGAAAAUCAAAAUCCCUAAGUUUGGAGUCCCAUUACCCUCCAUUUCCUCUCCUGAGGGAAGACUCUAUGGGGCAGAAAUUCAGUAUGAGGGCCCUAAAAUGCCCAAAGUAAAAAAAGCAGUAUUUGUCUUGGUAGACCCUCCCAAAAUAGAUGAACCUGCUCCAUGCACAGGGGUCCCAGAAGAGGAGCCAACUGCUGAGGCUGAGACAGGAGACGUCAAAGUGAAAUUGCCCAAAAUCAAAAUGAAGCCAAACUAUGGGAAGUCCAAAGAUAAAUCAGCUGCUGUGAGCACAGAGAGAGGGGGGGAGGGAGAGGAGAAGUCAAAGGGAGGGAAGAUGAAAAUGCCCAAAGUGUCAUUUUCUCCUGGCAAAUCAGGGUCCUUUGAUGUCAAUCUCAAGGGUGAAGGUUCAAGUCUCAAUGGUGAAAAAGAUGCAAGUCCUCACAAAGGCUCCAAGGAUGAUAAAGGGACAUUCAGUGGCAAAAUCAAACUUCCAAAGGUGGAGCUGACCAGUCCAUAUGGAAAGAUGGCUGCUGGGGAGGAGGACACAGAAAUGAGUGUGAAACUGGGAAAAGGUUCAUCAACAGCAGAUGUGGGGGGAGAUGCUAAAGGGCUUGAAGUAAAAUCCGGCAAUAUAUUUGGAAGUUUCAGUGAGGAGACUUCAAAGGAUGUGGUGUCAUCUCAUGCCAGGACAGAGAUGCUGGACAGGGACAGCUCAGAGUCUCCUGCUGGCUCUACCAUGGAGUUCAGGUCAACAAAGAUCGGGGCUUGGAGUGAGGUGGAGAGCAAAAGCAGAGAGUCUGAAGAAAGAGAGUCUUCCCCCUGGUUCAAGGUCCCUAAGUUCACCCUGAAGCCACACUCCACAGGCUUCCUCCAGAUAACCCCAGAGGGCUCUCCUCAGGCCCAGCGGAAGGGGGAGGUCGGAGGUGAGGUCGACGUCUUGGGAUCUUUCUGCCUUCACACCUCAGGGCCCGUCUUCACCACCCAGGAAAUGUCAGAAGAGCACCAAGUCUCGUCCACCAAGGAGGGAACUGUCACCAUGGUGACCAAGACCUCCAGAACCACCCAGCACACGGUUACCACAGAAACGCGAACAGGUGAAGCUUCGACAAUCACGACAACAACUCAACAGGUGUCAGAUUUAAACUACUGAGGAUGCUGUAAUGAUAUCUUAAAUGUCUUUUCAUUUGUAUGUUUUUCUUUGGUGAGGUUGCAGUGUUCUUGUGAGCUAACUGCAACAUGGCAAACCUCUCUUAAGGAAAAGUCUUUAUUUUAUAUUUUGAUAAGUGAAGUAUGAAUGUGAUGAAAAACAAUGAGAUUUCAUUAACCAGCAAUAUUGUCAUUAUUACAGCAACAGAGUAAUAUAUACUGACCUUUUUUCAUUUUAAAUGUGACUAUUUUUUGUUAUUCUUCGAGUUUUGUUAGUUUAGUCUAAAUUAUUUAUCAGAUUUUGUUUUGGUUUUAAACUGGUUUCACUCUGAAUGUAAACAUGUCAGAUUGCUUCAUUAUUUAUUGUUGUUUGUGUUUUCACAAUGUGCUGGAAUGAGUCAUUUACUCACAUCAGCAUCUUGGAUUUGACCAUGAUUUUAUGAUUAGUUCAAAAUAAUUCAUUUUGAACCACUACAGCACAGGCCAGAGUAAUAUUUAUGUAAAUAUAACUAUAUGAUUGCUUUUUUGAAGCAGUAGCCCUUCAAUCCAAAAUGUAAUUAUUUUCAUAUUCACCAGAGUCAGGAGUAGAAAUUAUAUUUUUUGACCUGAUAACCUAUUUUGUUUGUCUUGAAAAAAAAGUGUGAGCUUUUUGAGAUUAUGGCCUAUUUUCAUUUUCUGCCAUAGUUUUAUAUUUUAAGCAUUUAGCUGGUGCUGUUACCCAGAGAUAGUCACAGUGCGUGAGCAGGACACUCUGGACUCUAUCUGCUGUGGGGAUCAAACCUGUGAACUUCUGGUUACAGGUUGCUCUUGAACAUUUAGGUCAACCUGCUGCUAAUCUAUUUUUAUAUUUAUGUUUUUACUGUACACUGCCAGAAAAAGACACCACUGUAUAUUUUGUGAUUGAGGCUUUGGCUUCAAGAUACACCCCCUGACUGAUGCUGAUGCUGGGAACGAAUUUUGUGAUUUAUGGGUGAUGUUGGGUGCUUUAACAAAAUAAACGAGAGGCAUUUAAAAGGUAAAAACUAUAAACCCUUUUUCUCCCAACCCUUUAAAAAUAUCCCUCUAAAAAUCAUUACUUUAAGGCUGCUACAAUGACGGACUGGCUAAGGAGUGGCGAGCCUUGAUCUUGUACAAACACUGUCAUGUAGCAGAAUAUGUCCUCCAAAGACAGAAGAGAGGGGAUCAAGAACAAGAGGACCAAGGCAUGUUUUACUUUUGAUUAAAAUGUCUUUAUUAAUCUGACAUUCUUCUGUUUUUUAUAUGAACAUUUCUCAGGAUGUUACAGAAUAAUUUACAGACGUUAAAAUGAAUGUCAGAUUAAUACCAGUAUUUUCAUUAAGUGCCUUUUCCCCUUAAUUUUCAAAAAGUGUUUCCUCCAUUUAAAAUAUGAAUUGCUUUGAAAUGCAGGAAGAAAAGCCUUGUGCUGUCUUUUAGAUAUUUAUUUUAUAGUUUCAAGUUUCAUUUCCAAAUACUGUCACUACCAUUUGAAAAAAAGAAAAAAAAGAAAAGUCACUAUAUCGUUGUCAGCAUUCAAUUAAGCUUUUGAAAACUACUGAUUUUAUACACAACUCAUAGCCAUAUACUUGCAAAAUAAGAGUUUAACCGGAUGCAAAAAUCAGAUAUUUUCAAAAUAAUGAGCUAUUAUUCAAGUGGGUGUGAAGCAUUUGAGAAUGAACACUUUUCACUUUACUUGGUUUACUUUACUUGGUUGGUAGAAGGAAUAUAAUUGUGUGAUAAAAUGCAUGAAGAGGUCCUGACAAAUCCACUCCCACAUUUUUACAUUAACAACUUUUAACACUUUGACUGUUUUGCAGGUGAGAGAAUAGAGACAUGUCAAGGUAACACGCACUGAGUAGCUAGUAUCUAUGUGUAUAGAGAUUUUUACUUUUCUGGUUUAAUCAAGUCUUCACAUUUCAUUUAGAUGAUAAGGGGUUUCAGUGCCAAGUGUUUUCGUCAAAGCUGCAUUGGAAAGACUGUUGGUUAAGAUGUUACAUCAAUAAAAUAAUAUUCACACAAAGAUGAA